AAUACAUACACACACAAAACAAUAACACUCUGUAAAUAAAACACUCAUAUUUCGGGUGCAUUUUCCCCUUUUCACACAAAGAGCUAGACAUCGCUCUUGGCUGAAGUCCAUCCAGACACCACAUCACACCCACAUUAAGAUGGCCACACAGGGCAAGAACGUGGACUUCAGCGUUUUGGAGUUCGACAACUACAAUGAUUAUAUUACAUCGUUUGCCAACGUCAAGGACUACAGAUAUCUGAGCAAUCAGAACACUAUCAAGACCAUCGUUCAGCUGGGCUACCGCACCACAAAGAUUCCCUAUACCUCAGAGGAAUAUGUGAAGAGGGUGGAUAUAGCUUUGGAGGCUAUAAGGCCAAAGACAGCCCAUGUGGGCCUUUUCAGCGAUCUUAUGGCGCCAACAAACAAAGACCCAGUGCUACUUGAGUUCAAAUCCCGAGAACUGCUCAACUUGAACAAGAUUCUUUCGACCAUUGUCUUUACCUCGUACAUCCAUAUCGACGGUUCGGAGAUCUCCGGCUACAUAGAUCUGGACAUGAGUUGGCGUAACUGCUACCGCGAGGCCAUGAAACAUACCGAUUGGCGGGGAGUAUUUACAGGUCGAUCCCGUCUAAAGCCUAUGCCACACCAUCUUAGUUAUUCUAACCCUCGCUAUAACCUGGUUAAGUACACCAAUAGCGAUAACUACCAGGUGAUGCACGAUCACCACUAUGGACUGAUGUUCAUGCAUCGGGGCGAUCACAAAAUGAUAUCGGUGGGCGGGCAGUUCAACAGGUAUUCAAGCAAUGCCAAGCGUUCGAUGGUCUACUCUCCAAAAUUCGGCUAUGUUGUCUUCUACGAUCACUUUGUGCGCAAGAAGGUGUAGAUCUUAAAGUCAAGAUACCCUGUAUCAAAAUUAUGUCGGUGAUUUGCAUUUUAAAGUGUCAAUAGAAUUUAAAUAAAGCCAAAGAAAUUUUGGACUAAGGAUCCUCAACCAU